AUGAUUCCCACCAACAUUAGUAUAGUUGGAAGGGCCAUGUUAAGGUCAAAUUUCAAUGUCCCCAUGGGUAUCAGAAUGUCAGGAUUAUUGUCAUCUAACCAGUCGACAAUAUUGAUUGUGAACAGAAAUUUCAGUUUCAGUCACCAAAAGUUACAAGAUAUUUCGAAAGAAGAGAAGAGUAGACUUUAUGUAGAAAAUUUUGAAAGACUCCAAAGGGAACGGGAAUCUCAACAGAAGUACCGUAUGCAGACAACAACUAACUAUGCAUUUUCUUUGGGUAUAUUCUUCUUAGCCUUGGCAUUCACUGCUGUCCCCUUAUAUAGAGCAUUAUGUAAGAGAACUGGAUGGGGUGGAACCCCAAUUACUGAUGCCACAAAGUUCACAGCUGAUAAACUUAUACCCGUUGACACUAAUAAGAGAAUUCGAGUUUCAUUCACCUGUCAAAGCUCGGGAAUUUUACCAUGGAAGUUCACUCCUUUACAAAGAGAAGUUUAUGUUGUACCCGGUGAAACUGCAUUAGCUUUCUACAGAGCCAAAAAUAUGUCCAAAGAAGAUAUCAUUGGUAUGGCUACUUACUCCGUAACUCCCGAAUUAGCUGCUGGUUAUUUCAACAAAAUUCAAUGCUUUUGUUUUGAAGAACAAAGGUUAGCUCCCGGUGAAGAAGUAGAUAUGCCUGUUUUCUUCUUCCUUGACCCCGAUUUUGCCAAAGAUCCUAAUCUCAGAAAUAUCGAUGAUGUGGUUUUGCACUACUCAUUCUUUAGAGCUUCUUAUACUGAUGGUGAAUUAGCUGCAAUGCCAGCUACCAACUAUAGUUUGAAUGUAAAUAGUCUGUAA